AUGCCAAUCUGAAAUUCAUAUUCAUUUCAAGAUGCAAACUCUCCCGUUAUAGAACAAUUAACUUUUUUCCAUGAUAGCACAAUAAUAAUUCUUACAGCAAUUAUUACUAUUAUUUCAUAUUUACUGAUUUACAUCACAUUUAAUAAGCUUACUAAUCGAUAUCUUUUAAAUAGACAAAAUAUUGAACUAUUAUGAACAAUUACGCCAGCAGUAACAUUAUUAUUUAUUGCAUUGCCUUCAUUAAAAAUUCUAUAUCUUAUAGACGACAUCACUAAUCCAAUAAUAACAAUUAAAGCUAUUGGGCACCAAUGAUAUUGAAGCUACGAAUAUUCUGAUUUCAAAAAUAUCGAAUUCGAAUCUUAUAUAAAAUUGCCUUCAGAAAUAAAUGAAAACGAAUUUCGACUACUAGAAACUAAUAAUCGUACUAUCUUACCAAUUCAUACUUCAAUCCGAUUGUUGACUACCUCCACAGACGUGAUUCAUUCAUGAACAGUUCCAUCUUUAGGAGUUAAGAUUGAUGCAAUCCCAGGACGAUUAAAUCAAAGAUUAAUUAUUAUUAAUCGACCAGGAUUAAUAUAUGGACAAUGCUCUGAAAUCUGUGGAGCAAAUCAUAGAUUUAUGCCUAUUGUCCUAGAAAGAAUCAAUAUUCAAAGAUUCAUUAAAUGAAUAAAUUUAUACU